AGCGUGUGUCUGCUUCCUACGCCUGCACGUCCCGGAGGCCCGGGCGGGGAAAGGGAAACCGCACCGUUCCAGACAACCAUGGGAGAAGUUUGCGUGGAGAAGAAGUCAAAGCCGUGGCUUUCUGUUGUUUGGCGCAUCAGUAACGUUUUAAUGUCUGUGUUCUUCGCUCUGGCUUCAUACGUGCAGAUCAAUGACCCAGAUGCGGGGUUAUGGAUGGUGAGUUAUGGAGUGCCUGCUGUCCUAAGUGCUCUCAUUGGCUUCAGGCCUCAAGUGACAGAAACUUUGCCCUGGAGACGAAUUGCUGAUCUCCACCUAAUGAUCUCCAGCGCUGCCAUCUUCAUUUUAGGGUGGAGACUUUACGCACAGAGAGUCACACAGAUCUUCCAGCAGGAGGAGGGCAGAGAAUUUUCCGGUGUUAUGUUGACGUCUGUCUGGCUUCUUUUGUGUCGCCACUCUGGAAGAGCCCCUGUCGGAUCGCUGCGAGUCUCCACGGCUGUCGCCAUCACGGUUUUCCCCAUCGUGGCGUGGCUUUACUACCACAUCCAUAAGGAGCUGAGAUCAGACUGGCCUUCACACUGUAAAACUGCCAUUUAAAUCUCCUUCCUUGUAUAACAUUCCUUUUUAAUUGUUGUUUGAUGGAAGAAUCCCUGCCAAAGAAAUGCUGCUUUUUAAUAAAGAUGUAUAAGAGCA